CUCAAAAUGAAUGGAAAAUGAAAUCCCAAUAUACCUUAAAAAUGUUGUUGUGAUGAUAUAGGAUGUGUCCUAGUUAGGUAUACCCACACUGUGUACUUGGUGAUCUGGGGUGUGUAGAUAAUACAUUUAAAAUAUCUGUGAAUCUAGUAAUGUUAUCCCGAAUGGAACACUUAGAUUACAAGUUGAAUCAUGUUAAUAGAACAUAGACAUUCAUCAAAUUCAAAGGAGGGUCAUUAUUUUAGUUUUUGGUGGUGGAUUUGCCCUUACUGAUCUUAUGUCCAAUUGUCUUGUGGGGGGUGAUGGGCUUUAUCCUCUCCCCAAUAAUAUGACAUGAUGGAUUACCUUUUAUUGCAAUACUUCAGACCCCACCCAAAAGGAUCCCAUUCAUAGUCCACCAAAAUGCUGCAUAUUCCUAUGUCUUACAGAAACAUUUGAGUUACAUUUGAGAGUUGCAGAAAUACUACUUUGGGAAACUGUGAUGAAGAGAGACUGACUGUGACUCCUUAGAUAACAUCUGUGUUGUGUGCAAAUUUUUUAUGCUUGUCUGAAUUAUUUUUUAUGGGUAGAUGAAAUCUACCACUGGGAAAAACAAGCCUAUUGUGAUGUCAUAACCAGUGUUCAUGGAACCUGAAUGGAUCACAACAUGAUGUUAUUACGUUAAUUACCAUUAUGACAUCACUAGUUGCUAUGAAUACGUGUCAUAAUGGCUGCCUCCUUAUAUAAGUCGUAUAAAUCACUUUUCAUUCAUUCCUUAUAUUGCUUACGGGAGCAGCAAAGUAUUUUGUGUUUAUUUUUUACCUUGACUAAAACUCAAGACGAGGAUUAGACUGAGUAGACCUGCUUUAAGCUCAGAUGGGUCAAAUUCAGAGCCCAAUUGUCCCCAAGAGGCAAUCUGAGCAUAUUGAGGAGGAUGUUCAAGUGCAGAAGAAGAAGAAGAAGAAGAAGAAAAGCCAUCCGAUUGUGGCUGCCUUCCAGUUUCUUUUAAUGCUGUCCUGUUGUGGAAUCAACUGUGAUGAAAGGGAAGAUAAUCACGCUAACUCUGAAAAUGUAAAUGAGAACCAGAGCAGAGAAACCUUGUCUUUUUCCUCUGUUAAGUUUAGAUCUUCCUCAGACAGAAAAAAGCCACCAGACCGUGAUUUUGAAAAGUUGAACAAGAAAUCUUCCGAAUCAACAUGUCCAGAGUCCUCCAGAAGAAAGAAAAGAGAUCGGCGGAAACCAGACCCAGAAAAGGCCAGACUGUCUAAGGACAAGAACAGAGGAUCAACCAGAUCUAAAAAAUUAGGUCAUCCUGGUGGAAACAAAACUCAAGUUGAGGAGAUCAGCAUUUCCCCAGAGUUGUUUCCAAACAGGCCUGUCACCAAGCCUCCUAGCAACGUAUCCGUCUGGUCAACAGUUUCAGUGUCCGUACAUUCUCCCAAGACUCUCCAAACCUCAGCUUUAACCUCAUGCCAAUCUGGCACAUCACUGUCGUCAGUGCAGACGUACACAUGUUCCACGGACUGUUCAUUGGACUGGCAGGUGUUGCCAGGUGUGCCAUCCCUAUCGUUUCCAGGAGAUGAGAGAGGCAAAACCACUGGUGAGAAACAAGCUGGCAGCACAUUUAGACAAUGUUUGAUAACCAUUAUUUCAGAAGAUUCCAGCACAACGGACUCAGAUGACAUCUCAAGUGACAUCCCACCCAGCUCUCUGACGUCAGUGAUUAGCUACCCCUGGUCAGAACUGUCAAGUCCUGAUCUGAGCAAAGUUGGAAAGGAGACUCUCAUCGCUGGUGUACCUAAAACGGCUGAUGAGAGUGAUCAAGACCACAACAGCACCAUCAGAGAUCUGAACCCUACCAGGGGUGGUCAGAGCAGGUCAGAAAUUGAUACCAACCCUUCUGCCAAAGAAAGCACGACUGAGGGUGACGCCGCUGAAUAUAAACAGGACCCGAGCUCUAGCAGGCACACUACUCCUGAAAACCUGAGGCUGGAGGAACUGGAGAAGGAGGUUUCUCUGAGGGACAUCUCUGAUGAUCAAGCAACCUAACAAUCCACCCAUCAAUUCAUCCAGCUAGUCAGCAACCCUCAAUUUGACUAGCAAGCUAUCCAACUCAUUAGUCUUUAACUUAGGACACAGCAGUCCUAAUCAUGAUCCUGCAGAAGACCUAAUAAUCUAAUCCCAUCAGUCUGAAUUACUAAUAAAUCAAUGUUAGCAUAAAAUAUAGCCGUUGAUGUGAUUCUGUAUUAGUGUAAGAUAAGUGUUGAGCUUCAGGACAGAUGGGUUUAUAUAAAACAGUGAAGCUGGUGACAGGGAGAAGAAACCCAAUUAGGUUGCCAUAGCCCACUUACAGAGCAGAAUAUGAAGGGAAUAUACACUGCUCAAAAAAUGUAAGGGAACACUUACAUCACAUAUCAGGUCUCGAUAACUAAAUAUAUUAAAGAUCCAAAUCGUUACUGUGCAUUGUGUAAUUUGUUGAGAACGAAAUGAUGUAACAAC